GAGCUAACCACUGGCCCGCCGCUUUAUUGUGAAGGUUUGGGGCGGAUGGGCCGUGUGGAAGUGCUGACAGGUGGACGGAGCGGAGCGGAGCCGGUCACUCCACCCGCAGAGCGGCGGUUAGCGACAGCCCGCGAGAACCAGCAGCACGGCGGAGGGCGGAACCAGCGGCGGAGCCGCUAGCUCGGUGCUAACUAGCCGCGGAGCAGCGUCGCGGUGAGCCAGAGCCGAGCGGGGGAAACUUAGCUAGCUAACCGCGCUAGCUCAGCCCGCCGCUCCCCUCCGGUCUCCAUCUGUUGCCCGCUAAAGAGGCGGACUCUCGGCGCGUUCGAGGCGUCGCCGCCCGGACGCCGUCAGAGAACCGGCAGCCUAUCCCGGAGGAGCUGCCGUCACACGCACACGCACGCAGGCGCGCACGCACGCUCGAAAUGCCUGCUGCUCGCUCGUGCAACUUGUAGCAAACGGCCGGAGCGCACUAAUUACCAUGGAGCGAGUCUGGAGCUGGAGUCCGCGCCGCGUCCCGCCGACCAUGUAACCGGCCCGCCGCGGACAACAAGCCGACCCGCAGAGACCGACCGACCCACACGGUGUGGGAGGAAGCGCGCUUCAGCCCCCCCCCCCCCCCUCCCGGGAGAAGACGCACCGAGGCUAGAGCUCGUCGGGAGCCCCCCUCUUCGUCUCCUCCUCCACCUCCUCACGGUCCCGGGAACUGGAGCGUUUUCCGCCGCUCGACGCGCCCGUAUGCCCGCGCCCACGCCCGUGUCGGCGCCCUGAAGGCAGCAGGGGAGGAAGACAGAGACCGGAGGAGGCAUCGGCCGCUCCGGGGUCCCCGACGCUCCGCCGAGGAAGAGGCUCCUGCUGAAAUGAGAUGAGGCUCAGAAAUGGAACUGUGGCCACCGCGAUCAUCUUCUUCACGUCCUUCCUCAGCCUCUCCUGGUACACGGCAUGGCAGAACGGCAAAGAGAAGCUGAUAGCGUACCAGCGGGAGUUCCAUGCGUUGAAAGAGCGUCUUCGUGUGGCUGAGCACAGGACGCUGCAGCGCUCGUCCGAGCUCAACAACAUCCUGGAGCAGUUCCGACGCGCCAUCGCCGAAACCAACAGCAGCAAGGACGCCCUCACCAACUUCUCAGAUGAGACGCAGAAACUGCUGAAGGAGCUGGCCAACAGGAAGCCCCUCCAGGUGCCAAACAUCUACCACCACCUGCCUCACCUUCUCAACAAUGAGGGCAGCCUGCACCCGGCCGUGCAGGUGGGCCUGGGCCGCACAGGAGUUACCAUGGUGAUGGGAAUCCCCACGGUGAAGCGGAAGGUGAAGUCCUAUCUGUCGGAGACGCUCCGCUCGCUGAUAGACAAGCUGUCACCGGAGGAGAAGCUGGACUGUGUUAUUAUCGUCUUCGUCGGGGAGACUGACCUUGACUACGUGCACAGUGUUGUGGCCGGCCUGGAAAAAGAAUUUUCCACAGAGCUGAAUUCCGGCCUGCUGGAGGUGAUUUCCCCUCCAGCCACCUAUUACCCCGAUCUCACCAACCUCAAGGAGACUUUUGGAGACUCCAAAGAAAGAGUCAGAUGGCGUACGAAGCAGAACCUGGACUACUCCUUCCUCAUGAUGUACGCCGUGAGCAAAGGCGUCUAUUACGUUCAGCUGGAGGACGACAUCGUGGCCAAGCCCAACUACUUUGCCACCAUGAAGAACUUCGCCCUGCAGCUGUCGUCGGAGGACUGGAUGAUCCUGGAGUUCUCCCAGCUGGGCUUCAUCGGGAAGAUGUUCCAGGCUCCGGACUUGAACCUCAUCGUUGAGUUCAUCUUCAUGUUCUACAAGGAGAAGCCCAUCGACUGGCUGCUGGACCACAUCCUGUGGGUCAAAGUCUGCAACCCGGAGAAGGACGCGAAACACUGCGAGCGGCAGAAGUCCAGCCUGCGGGUGCGGUUCAGGCCGUCGCUGUUUCAGCACGUGGGGCUUCACUCGUCUCUGGCUGGGAAGAUCCAGAAGCUCACGGACAAGGACUUCCUGAAGCCGCUGCUCCACAAGAUACACGUUAACCCUCCAGCUGAAGUCUCCACAUCAAUGAAGGUGUAUCAGGGUCACACACUGGAGAAAACCUACCUGGGAGAGGACUUCUUCUGGGCCAUCACUCCUACUGCCGGAGACUACGUCCUCUUCAAGUUCGACCGGCCCGUCAGCAUCGAGAGGUUCCUGUUUCGCAGCGGUAACCAGGAACACCCCGGGGACAAGAUCGAGAACACCACAGUGGAAAUACUGCCCGUCUCGGAGAGCGGACUGCAGACCAAAGAGAAGUACAAGCGGACAGAAGAUCGCUUCUACAGGAUUGGCCAUUUCGAGAAGGGUGUGGCGGAGGGGGCCGUGGAUCCUUCCUUUAACCCCGUUGUGGCCCUGCGGCUCUCCGUCCUCAAAGACUCUGCGGUGUGGGCCAUCCUCAGUGAAAUCCACAUAAAGAGGGUCGCUGGCUGACCGCUGUGGAGGGGGACCCUGGCUCGUGGCCCCCGGGGGGGUCCAGACUCUCCUGGACUGCCUCUGCAGGGCGUCCGGCUCCCAGCAGCCCCGUCGGUAGAGCCCUCUGGAGCCGCUCUGUGGAGCUAGUCUGAGGAGCGCCACCCCUCUGCCCCGUUCGCCAUCUCGCAUCUUCUGAUUUUUUUGCCUCUCAUCGAUCGUUUACCCCCCCACCCCUCCACCCCCCUUCUUUCUGCACCCCCCCUCCUCACCCUCAUGCUCAUUUCUCUGUGAGAAUGUGACUACUACUGUCUGGAGAACAACAGCGGAGUGUGUGACGCCAUCUGCUCUCAAAGCGGCUGUUGUUCAGCAGCUUCCAGUACAAUCAGACGAAUUCCUGGAGGAGCGGUUGGAAUGAUCUCAUGAGGGGAGAACCGGUCACCUGGCCACUGGUGUCCAUGCUGCCAAACCUUUCUUUGUUACUCAAUGCUGCCACCUUUGGGCCAGCUGGGGCAUUGCACUGUCACUAGCGCCUCAGCAAAGCCCUCGAUGAUCAAGAAUGUCGUCGUCACUAGUGGCCAGCUGCCCUCAGUUCUCGGCGGAGGCGAAGGAGCGCCAGAUCAACACCAGCCCCGACCAAACGUCGCCCGGCCGCCACGUUCAGAUUCUCCACUCGGCCCUGAGACACACACUCAGGAUGAGAAGCCCUGCCCGGAGCCCGUCGGCGGCGACUCUGACCACACGUCGGCCAGUAUGAGUGGAAACACCGAGAAGUACCAUGACGCCAUAUCGAUCUCGCCUCGUGUCUGACCUCAGUGUCCAUUUCUAGUAAACCAAUCGGACAUUGCCUUGGCGCCAUUUUCCUGAAGGAGUAUAUUGUUAUAUAGAUAUAUUAUUACAGUUACAAGUGACGAUCUAUGAAGGUGACUUAAUUUAUUUGAAAUAAAUCUUUAAUUUGUACAAGAGGUAAAAUAUAUUUUUAUUCUAUUGAAAGAUGUUUAUGAUAGUUCAGAGUAUGUUUUUGUGUACUUCUGUUUUUUUCUUCCUCUUCCAAAUUGCUAUUUUGUCCAUUUUUUUUUUCUAAAUUGCCUUUGUUUUUAACAGCUACUUGCAAAGUGCGUUGUCUGCUGUUGUAAGUAGCUUCAUUCAGUCUGUAAACGUUUCUUUUUAGAAAGGAAAACAAAAUCUUUCAGCUAUUUUUUUUUUCUUCAUUGUUAAGAAACUGGAUGUUGGGGAAGUUGUGAAUUGUUUCCGGUGAAGUAGUUGUGGGUCAAAAUGGGGAAAAAUGUGCCUUAUAUCCUUGUCCCUUAAAGUUGUCCCAGAAACAUUGUUUCUGUACGUUCCUCUCAUUUGUCACCUACAUAUGAACUGCUGGAUAUACUAAUAUUUUGAGGUGAUGUACACACACACAAUCCCAUUUGAGAUCUGAAGAGAGAAAGCGGUCAUGGAGUGUUGGAGUUAUAAUAUUCUUUAUAACUUUUUCAAUCCGUGUUAUUUGCACUGCUUUUUCUAGUUUUUUUUUUUUUUUUUUUUUGGGCUACAAUCACAUUGUAUUGUUUACUGAAUCCUUCAUUUUGCCCGCUUACUCCAAAUCCAAUUUCCAAUUCAUUGUGUCCACGUUGUGUGGACGGAUUAUGACUACUGAUCACUGCAGAGCGCGCCUCUGAUGGUAUGGAUGUCUGUAUGUGUUUAUGCAUUUUAUAAAUCUAUAAAAUGCAUUGAACAUCUCUUCCUCUCCCUUGCUUCUCCUAAUAGUUUGAUUUUCUUUUUUUAAAAAAAUUCUGUUCAACAUGGUGCAUCAGCUUUCAGUGGAAGCUCUCAUUUUACGUUUUCGUUUAUUCUGAGGGGAAGUGCCUUUUGGUGAAGGCCAGAUGAGUCGUUUAGUUUGUUUUUUCUGAUCAUGCCCAUGCAUGAUGAUUAUUUGUAAUUUAUAAGCGAUGCCUUUUUAUUUCUCUGCCCAGGCAGGCUCCUCUGCCCCGAUCGAACCAUCUACACUACUGAAAAUCAGAGUGUUUCAAGUCUGUGUCGAAUUCAUUUAAAUGGGAAAAGAUUUAAACUAGCCACUUAAACUGUAUUGAUUUCAAAGGGGAAAGAUAAAUUCUUCUAAGCUACCAGGACUGGCUUAUGCCCCUUUCUUGCAUCCUCCUGCAAACUGAAUGCAUUGAAACGGCAUGACACGGUUUUUUGUGAUUUUUGCAGCGGACAGAAAAAAGACAGGGAAAUGUGCGCUUGUUACACAGCUCCCUUCACACCCAUCAUUUCACGUGCCUUCAUCGUGUACAUGUGUAUACCCGACUGGAUAUGUUGGCAUCAUUUCCAUGGGCAUCUUUGAAAUAAAUGAGAACGAUUGUUAGAA